CUUAGCUAUGUCUCAGAGACGCUGCUGCUGGGCGGCGGUGUGGAGGAUUACGAAUAUUUAAACAAGAGUAGACGUGAAGUCGAUGGUAUCGAUGACCGCGAGGAGUGGAGUUUGCUCAGGAACGCCCUGGACGUUGUCGGUUUUACGCCUACGGAACAACUCGACCUCUUUCGUAUCGUCGCGGCGAUUCUUCAUAUCGGCAACAUAACAAUCACUUCCACACGCUCAGACGAUGCACUCAUGCCCGACCCCUCGCAAGCUGAGCGCGCUUGUCAUCUUCUCGGUAUCCCUGUAUCAGAUUUCACCAGGGCCGUGCUCCGCCCGCGGGUACUUGCCGGAAGAGAGUGGGUCACCCAGGCACGAACGCGCCAGCAGGCUGUCGAAGAGCUAGCGGCACUCUGCAAGACGCUAUACGAGAAGUCCUUCGGUAUGUUGGUCGAUAGGAUCAACCGUGCCCUCGAUAGGCCCUCGUCGAAGUCGACAUUCAUCGGUGUGCUCGAUAUUGCCGGUUUCGAGAUCUUUGAGAUCAACGGCUACGAACAGUUGCUCAUCAACUAUACAAACGAGAAGCUGCAGCAGUUUUUCAAUUACCAUAUGUUUGUGCUCGAGCAAGAGGAGUACGCACGAGAGGGCAUCGAGUGGGACUAUGUCAACUUCGGCCUGGACUUGCAGCCAACAAUCGACCUCAUCGAGACUAGCGGCAACGCGAUAGGCAUUCUUAGCCUGCUUGACGAGGAAUGUAUCAUGCCAAAGGCUACGGACUUGACGUUCACGAACAAGCUGCACUCGAUCUGGGCGUCGGAGACUCAGCCCGGCGAAGAGGAGCACCCUGGCAAGCUCAAGUACGAGCCUUCGCGUUUCGAGCAAGGCUUCCUCGUGCACCACUAUGCCGGACGCGUCGAGUACCGCACGGACGGCUGGUUGGAGAAGAACAAGGACCCGCUUAACGACAACCUCACCCGCGUGCUAGCGGGCGCCGCGGAGAAGUAUGUCGCUUCCUUGUUCUCCGACUACGGCGAUGCACCCGGCAUCGUCUCGAGCCAUGCGACCGCUUUUGGAACGCAGAGCAAGAAGCGCGUCACCAAGAAGGGCGCGUUCAGGACCGUCGGACAGCGCCACAAGGAGCAGCUCGCGAGCCUCAUGUCGCAACUCCAGGCGACGCGACCCCACUUCGUCAGGUGUAUCGUCCCGAACACGAUGAAGAAACCAGGCAGGAUCGACGUGCCACUAGUUCUCGACCAACUACGAUGCAAUGGUGUGCUCGAAGGUAUUCGUAUCGCCCGGCUCGGAUAUCCCAAUCGUCUUCCGUUCGUUGAGUUCCGUCAGCGGUACGAGGUACUCACACCGGGUAUCAUUCCGCGAGGCUACAUGGACGGCCGCAAAGCUUGCUUGCGCAUGGUCGACGCUCUCGAGCUUGACAAGCCGUUGUACAGGAUUGGUACAUCGAAAGUCUUCUUCAAGGCCGGUGUUCUCGCUGAGCUCGAAGAGCGGCGCGAUACCCUCCUGUUCGAUAUCUUCUCGAGGUUACAGGCCGUCGCACGGAAGUGGACAGCGCGUCGGCAGAUCAAAAAGGUGCUAAACCGCGCGGUGGCGAUUCGGACAAUCCAGCGGAAUGCACGCGUUUACGGCGAACUGCGUGACUGGCCAUGGUGGCAGCUGUACACAAAAGUGCGGCCGCUGCUUGCGGGCACGCGGAACGAUGAGGAGCUGCGGCGGAAAGAAGUGGAGCUUACGCUGAUCAAGGAGCGCGCAGAACGUGACAAGCAGGAGCGGGAGGCGCUAGAGAACUUGCGCAUGCGCCUGGAGGCGGACAAGCGCAGAGUCGAGGAAGACCUUGAAGCGGAACGCGCGCUCGCUCUCGACAAGGACGCACUACUCGAACGCAGCAAGAAACACGAGGUUGAGCUCGAAGACGAAGUUGCCGCACUCCAGGCGGACCUCGAUACCCUCGAUUCACAGCUUGAUCGCGCGCUGAAGCUGCAGAAGGAAAGCGAGGAGAAGCACCGAACCCUCCAGCAGGCGUUCGACCAGGCUGCGGAGCAUCUCGUGCGUCUUGAGGCCGAGCAGCAGGAAUGGGUUAAGAAGGAGACGGAGCUGACCGAGAACCUCAACGAAGCGGAGGAAGACAUAGACAUCCUCACCGCAGAGAAAGAGGAGCUGCAAAAGGCGACGGAGGAGCUCCAGAAUCUCGUCGCUCAGCGGGAAGAAGACGUCGCUCGCGUCAAGGAGCGUAUGGACUCUGCAAUGUCGGAAUUGGACGGCAAGCUGAGAAAUGAGGCCCUGAACAGGUAUGGUCUCGCUGCUUACGCAUAGCAUACCAUUAACAUCUGUGGGCUGUAGGGACUCGUUACGCGAGAAGGCUGAGAGCCUGGAGCGUGAGGCACGCUUGUCCAAGGAACAGCUCUCUGAGAUGGCACGCACCGCGACAGAGUACACGAACAUGAUCAAGCAGAAGGAAGACGACGUCGCUCAUCUGACAUCCGAUCUUGAGAAGUCAAAGCAGGAGCGUGGCAGUUUGCUCAAGGAGAUUACUGAGCUCCAGGGCCAAGUCGACACCCUCUCUCGAGAGCUGCAGGCUCAGCAAGACGACGGCAAACGUGGCUCGGAAGCUCACGCGCGGCUGCAGGAGGAGUUUGACGAGCUUCGCUCUCUCCUUCAGGCUAAGGUCACCGAGGAGACGCGGAGGAGCGAAGCCGACAAGAGUAAGGAAGUGGAGCUCGCCGACUUGCGUUCACAGGUUGCUAGUCUCUCGCAGAGCCUAAGCGAUGCGCGUAAGCAGGCUCUGGAAGGCCAGAACAAGCUGAAGGUCGAGCUUGACACCCUCGUUCGCGAACACCAGAUGCUAGAGCAGAGCCACAAAUCUCUCUCGGAUCGUGAGGCCACUAGCCAGGUCAAGCUCAAGGAUGCGGAGGCUGCUCUUUCGGAAGCAGUCAAGACAAAGAGGACAGUUGAGUCCGACCUGCAGUCCGUUCGUUCGAGGCAGAUAGAUCUAGAGAGUCAGCUUGCAGACGCUCUCAGAGAACGAGAUG